CAAUUAUCAAAACUCAAGGAAGUAGUAGUUAUUGUAUAUAGUUUCAAGCAAGGUAAAAAAUGGGAUCAAAGGCAUUUAUGCUAAUUGUUUUGGCAAUUUUACUUGUGAUAACAUCAGAGGUUGCAGCUAGGGAGUUGGCUGACUCAAAGGCAUCGUCCAAGACAACGAAUGACCCCAAAUUUAUAGGAUACGAACUUCCAGGAUUUAGAGAAGGAAGGCUUGGAGGAUUCCCCAUAGGAGGAUAUGGCGGAUAUCGUGGAUACCCUGGUGGCGGAUAUGACGGAUAUGGUUGAUACCCGGGUGGCGACCGUGGAUAUUACGGAGGCUAUCCAAGAGGAGGAUAUGGUGGUUUUUAUCCUGGUGGUGGUUAUGGGGGAAGAUAUGCUAGAGGUGGUUGGUAUGGUGGAUGGCCUCGCAACUAACUAAAUACUAUAAAUGAAGAAUAUCUGUGGUGGCUAUUUAUGUAUUUAUACUUUGUGUUUAGUAAUAGUUUUGUUGUUGCAUGAAUAAAUGUAUCAUAAAUCUCCAUUCACUUACUACUAUGGAUGGAUGGUCAUGUCCUGUUUCUUUAUAUAAAUAAAUAUGAGAACUU